UGGCAAACUGCUCCCAACUUUGAUUGGUCGGAUCGACUAUUCAUGAUCUACUCACUGCCAACAUUUUGAAAUGGAGCAAAUCAUUUUUUCGCGAACUUCUGAAGUGUUUAUCCCGCAUCGACAAAAUGCAGCAAACCCGAAAAGACAGGAUCUAAGGUAGAAUUCGGAUUCGGAUUCUAAUAGAAUUUCUUUGAUUGGAGCCUGCAUUCCCGACUGUCCCAUUACGCUUUCCCAUCUCCUGUCGGUGUCUUGAGGCAAACCAUGAGCGAGCAAUGUCCCCUGCACCAAAGCCUUCUCUGUCUCUCUUGUCCUCAAACUCUCUCAGAUUCCUCCAUUGCUAUUCCUCCUUCUUCUCCUCUUCGCGACCCUCCGCCUCGUUCCACCGUCCCGCUGACCGUGCCGAAGGUCUCGAACCUGGCCCAAGACAGGCGGCCACCGCCGCACCCUACCAGGCCCACGACAUCCACCACUCCCGCGCCGCCCUGCCCGGCUACCACCCCGGCCCUCCCGACCUCGCGGGCGUCAUCCAUGCGCUCUGUGACGACCGCCGCUUCCCCGAGGCCCACCACCGGUUCCUGCGCUCCAUCACCAGCACCCCCUGGUGCAUCCCCGACUCGCGCACCUGCAACAUCCUCCUUGCGCGCCUCCUCGACUCGCGCGACCCCUACCGCACGCUCGAGGCCGUGAACUGUCUCUGCAGAGUCAAGCCCGAGUACGUGCCUUCUUUGACCAACUAUAACCGUCUGAUCGAUCAGCUUUGCGCCUUGUCCAGACCCGAUGACGCGCGCAGGUUGUUUCUCGACAUGGUGAGCAGAGGGCAUGUCCCGAGUCCAGUUUCUUACACUACUCUCAUCCACGGGUACUGUAAAGUUGGGAACUUGGGCGCUGCUCAGCAGCUGUUUGGCGAAAUGCCUGAACGAGGGGUAUCCCCCAAUUCUUUGACUUACAGUGUUCUUGUCUCGGGUUUUCUCCACAAGCGCAAUCUGGAACAGGGAAUGGAAGGCAUUCACAGACUCUGGGAUGUAAUGAAGCACAAGGUAGAGGACUCAGCAGUAAAAAGCGCGGCUUUUUCAAAUCUUAUAGAGUCUCUGUGCCGAGAAGGAUAUCUGAAUCAGUUGUUCGAGAUAGCAGAGGAGAUGCCUCAGGGGCAGUGUGUGCCCGAGGGGUUUGCAUACGGGCAGAUGAUAGAUUCUCUGUGUAAGGUUGGGAAGCACCACGGUGCUUCGAGGAUUGUUUACAUGAUGAGGAACAGAGGGUUCACCCCAAGCCUAGUUUCGUAUAAUUCCAUUGUCCAUGGACUUUGCAAGGAUGGAGGAGGGAUGAGGGCUUUCCAGUUGCUAGAAGAAGGAAUUGGAUUUGGGUACGUGCCCUCGGAGUACACAUACAAGGUUCUCAUCGAAGCUCUUUGUCGGGAACCAGACCUUCCCAAGGCUCAAAAGGUGUUCCAAAUUAUGUUGGAGCAAGAGGGAAUGAACAGAACACGAAUCUGCAACAUCUUCUUGAGAGCCCUCUGUCUUGUCAACAACGCGGCCGAGCUCUUGAACGUGCUCAUGUUCAUGCUCGAGAAUGAUUACAAACCUGAUGUUAUAACCCUCAACACGGUGAUCAAUGGGUUCUGCAAGAUGGGGAGGAUGGAGGAGGCCUUGAAGGUUCUGAAGGAUAUGAUGGCUGGCAAAUUCUGCUCUCCAGAUGCUGUCACGUUCACUGCAGUUAUCUGUGGGUUGUUGGACGUCGGAAGAGUCACGGAGGCCCUACAAUUACUGAAUCAGGCCUUUAAUGAGGAGGACUCAAGGCCUGGUGUCGUGACUUACAAUGCUGUUCUUCGUGGGUUAUUCAAGCUCCGCAGAGCAGAGGAAGCACAGGAGAUAAUUCAUAGCAUGGGACGGCUUGGCGUCAAACCAGAUUGCAGAACCUAUGCCAUAGUAAUUGACGGGCUAUGUGACUGCGGAUAUUUAGAUGACACUAAGAAGUUGUGGGAUGAAGUCAUUUGGCCCUCUGGAGUUCACGAUGAUUAUGUUUACGCUGCUUUGCUGAAUGGUAUCUGCAGGUCAGGCAACUUAAAUGAGGCCUGGCAUUUUCUGUACGAGCUCGUGGACUGCGGGGUGGUUCCUAAUGUUGUUUGCUAUAACAUUUUGAUUGAUAAGGCCUGCAAGUUGGGGUUGAAGAGGGAAGCAUAUCAGAUUGUCGGCGAGAUGAAGAAGAACGGGCUGGUUCCUGAUGCCGUGACGUGGAGGAUUCUCGACAAGUUGCAUUGCGAGACAGAGAAGUAGCUAGUCCUACUCCGAGGAUUUCUAAUAUCGUAACUAAACAUCCAAAUCGAUUCCAUAAAAGAACCCGGCUCCCGCAUCCCCAUCAUGGCUACACCCGCUCAGACAUCGCUGGAGCACUUGAGCAGUUAUUCAAACGAUACAGCACUAAUGCUGAUAGCUGUCCAUGUCGGAGCUUUCAGAGCUCCUCUCGCCCAUCUGCUCCGAGUCCUGCCCCGACGUUCUUGACACUAUGAGGGGGAGAUGGACUCCGACGUGGACAGAUACGUUAGCCUAUCUGAGUCCAUUGCCUUCUGCCACUCCACAACCUCCGAUGCUGAGCUCAUCAACGCCUUUUGCCAUUGUGAUCUGGAUGGAAUUUACAGGACGGGGCUGAUCUCUCUGCUAAGGAGCUUCUCCAGAUCAUUAGCCACAUGGACAAGAGGAGCUCAUUUUAGAUGAAUGCGUCGCAUCAGGCUGCUGCAAUCAGUGGACUGCCAUGGCACUGGGUAGGUGAAUUUGAUGAGUUGAGGAGCUCGAUCACUGCUAUAAGUGGGGCUAAAAUCCCAUCUCCGUGAGCACGAAAGAGGAAGACGCCGAUGACCGCCGUUUAUAAUGAGUGAAUAAUCCUCCGAAAGAGGAAGUGAUGUUGCUUGAUUUAAUUAUAUAUAUUGUUUACAUAGGAUCAUCUUGUAAAGAAGAAAAGAGCCAAAGUCGUUUGUGAACCCUGUGUAUGUUUUCUGGUUAUAUCUUGUGUCAUUUUAAUGUAGCUAGUUAGGCCACAUGGGCUGUAUACGUAAGAGGCGUUUACUAGAUAGUGUACCGGUGUAAGAUAAGUAUCCAAAGCCGGGAGACGUGAUAAAAUUAUAUCUCGAGUUACAA